AUGCACCUUUACAAGCCAGCCUGCGCGGACAUCCCCAGCCCCACGCUGGGGAUGGCCCGGUCUGGCGAGUCUGCCCUGAGGGGCAGACGCCAGCACGCAGUGGUCAGGGCUCCGGCCCAGGGCGCUCGCUGGCCGGGCAGGCCUGGCGCGGCCGUGGAGCCCGGGCAUCUGGAGAGGUUUCUGCGUGCCCACGGCCUCUCCUUUCAGGAAACAACGAAGGCGCAGACAGGCAUGGUGUACAGGAAUCUUGGGAAGUCAGGCCUCAGAGUUUCUUGCUUGGGUCUUGGAACAUGGGUGACAUUCGGAGGCCAAAUUUCAGAUGAGGUGGCAGAGCGGCUGAUGACGAUUGCCUACGAGAGUGGUGUCAAUCUCUUUGACACUGCUGAGGUCUAUGCCGCUGGAAAGGCCGAGACAAUUCUGGGGAGCAUCAUCAAGAAGAAAGGCUGGAGGAGGUCCAGCCUGGUCAUAACAACCAAACUCUACUGGGGCGGAAAAGCUGAGACGGAAAGAGGGUUGUCAAGAAAGCACAUCAUUGAAGGACUGAAGGGCUCCCUGCAGAGGCUGCAGCUGGACUACGUGGACGUGGUCUUCGCAAAUCGGCCUGACGGCAACACGCCCAUGGAAGAAAUUGUUCGAGCCAUGACACACGUGAUCAACCAAGGCAUGGCCAUGUACUGGGGCACCUCGCGGUGGAGUGCAAUGGAGAUCAUGGAAGCCUACUCGGUGGCCAGGCAGUUCAACAUGAUCCCGCCCGUCUGCGAACAAGCAGAGUACCACCUCUUCCAGAGAGAAAAGGUGGAGGUGCAGCUGCCAGAGCUCUACCACAAAAUAGGGGUUGGGGCAGUGACCUGGUCUCCUCUAGCCUGUGGAAUCAUCUCUGGAAAGUACGGGAACGGGGUGCCUGAAAGUUCCAGGGCUUCACUGAAGUGCUACCAGUGGUUGAAGGAGAGAAUCGUCAGCGAGGAAGGGCGGAAGCAGCAAAACAAGCUCAAAGACCUUUCUCCCAUUGCGGAGCGUCUGGGGUGCACGCUACCUCAGCUAGCUGUGGCAUGGUGUCUGCGAAAUGAGGGUGUGAGUUCCGUGCUCCUGGGGUCGUCCACUCCUGAGCAACUCAUCGAAAACCUCGGUGCCAUCCAGGUUCUCCCAAAGAUGACGUCACACGUGGUCACCGAGAUUGACAACAUUUUACGCAACAAGCCGUACAGCAAGAAGGACUACCGGUCCUAAGGCCCGUGCCUGCCU